AUGUUUCCUAGAUUUAGUACUGCCUGUCAAAAAUUUACAUCCCAUUCUUCGUCUUUAUUUAGAAUUCACCUAUUAUUUUUACCACCUACUUCAACCCAUACUCUUCAUCAUCAUCAUCCAUCAAGAUCAUUUUCAACGUUUACAAGGAUACUGUGGAAAGAACGUCAAGAACCUCUAGUAUUGCCACAUAGUAAUGAAAACAACAAAGUGUAUACUUCCCGGCCCGUAUCGUUCUGGAUGGAUCAAAUUGCUGAAAAAGAAAAACAAAGAGAAAAGAAGAAUGCUGACAAGAUACAAACUACUACUGAACGAGUGCUAAUCGAAAAAACAAUGAGGGAUAGUUACACGGAUAUCUAUUUACCAUUCAAAAGCUCACCUGAAUUAUUGGAACAAUAUAUCUUUGUGGAUGGUGGCAUUCGUACUGGGAAACUACUGGAAGAUUUGGAUAAUCUGGCCUACAUCAUUGCUUCAAAACAUGCUGAAAAUUUUGAUCCCAAUGCCAGUCCUAUCACGAUGGUGACAGCAAGUAUGGAUAGACUAGAUCUUUUCUUACCCAAAGUAGUAGAAAAUUACAAACUUAGUGGAAAUGUCACAUAUGUGGGUAGCAGUUCUAUGGAAAUCCUCAUCAAAGCUGAAAUUGUACCUGAGGGAGCUGAUGUAGAUGCACUUAUCGCCGACAAGGAAAACAUUGAUGUCACCAACAAUAGUAAACUCGAUGCAAACACUAUCUUAAUUACACGAUUCACCAUGGUCGCCAUUGAUGCAAAAACACAUAAACCAAUCAAGAUUAACCCAUUACGAGCAACAUCACCAGAAGAAGAACGACUUAUCGAAGUGGCCAAGAAAAACAAAAUGCGAAAGAAACUGGAAGCAGAAAAAUCGCUCGACCAACAACCGCCGACUGCACAGGAAAGUCUGGAAAUGCAUCGAAUGUACUUGGAAGCGUCUCAGUAUAUGCACCCGCAACACGAUAAUGGAGAUGAUUUUAUAGUCCCAGCAAAUGGAGAAAAACAACGUUUACCCAGCAAUUGUGUAUGGAUGGCCGAUACUCGUAUGGAUAAUUUAAUCUUCUGUCAUGCUCAGUUCCGCAACAGUCAUGGUAAUAUCUUUGGUGGUUUUAUUAUGCGCAUGGCAGUAGAACUCUCUUACUGCACUGCUUCAACUUUUUUACAUUCCAGCUCAGCUGUAGUUCUUUCGAUGGAUCGCGUCACCUUUCGCAAACCGGUAUUUGUGGGCUCCCUAUUAUCCAUGAAGGCUGGUAUUGUUUAUUCUUUAGGCUCUCCUCAUAGCUCCUUCCAAGUCCGUGUUGUCGCCUCUGUCAUCGAUAUCGAAAAGAAUACAAAGGAAAUCACCAACGAAUUCUACUUCACCAUGGCGCCUCUCGAUCAUCAAGUUACUGUUCCCCGUGUCCUUCCCCAUACUUAUGCUGAAACGAUUCAUUGGUUGGAUGGAAAACGUCGUCGUACUUUUGGAAAAAGAGCUCGCUCGCGAUUGUUGGAGGAUCUUGCCCUUCCUGACCUCCCUUGA